AAAUCUUUUAUCUAUGGUUGUGGUUGAUCUGUGGUACUAUAGAAAUGCAUUUCACUUCGCUUAUUGCUACUUUCUUUGAAUUAAUCGAGGAUUUUGUCCGUGUAUAUAUUUGAUUUUGUCGAAACGAGUAGUUAGUGUAGUGGAUCCACAAUUUUUUCCAUCUGAUUCUUCCUAAAAACGUAAUUUUUUCCUGUCAAAAGUGUCGGCUUAAAUUGAUUAGUCAUCGUUUAACCAUAGUUAUGUUGUACAUCUGUUGAUUUGUACACGAUCAAUUAUUUGAGCAAUAUCAGUGUUUUCUGUUUUCCAAAUAUUCUUAAUUGUCAGAGUCAAGAAACGAUCUCUUCAUCAAGAUAUUGCCAACAAAUAAAAAUCUGCAGUCAAUUAUAUCAAAUGGAUAGUCAAGUUUCAAUUGAAGGAUAUUUUGCUGAUUUAAUUGAUGACAUUUGGCGCUCAGAUACUCUUCCAGAUGAUGACAUUGCAGUACCUGCUUGGGAACUAGCAGAUCCUGAAGCAGACACUGGCGACAUUCAUCUAACCUUAAAAGAACAAGAACAGAAAUGGAGUGAUAUUAUGUUGUCAUCACUUAGUGAACAUCAAUAA